GCUCACCCUGCUCGUCCGCUCAAUUGAUAUCCCCAACAAUCCAAUAAUUACUCUCAACUCACCAUGUCGUCCCCCAAAACCGUCCGCUGGGGCAUCCUCGCCACCGGCGGCAUCGCCAAAACCUUCACCAAGGACCUCCUCGUCGACCCGCAAACCCGGGGCGUAACGCACAUCAAGCACACAGUCGUAGCCGCCGCAUCCUCUUCCUCUCAAUCGCGCGCGGAGCAAUUCCUCAAGGAAACAGGCUGCCCGGCAUCCGCGAAGGCCUACGGCUCGUACGAGGACUUCGUAAAGGACCCGGACAUCGACAUCGUGUACAUUGCGACGCCGCACUCGCACCACUACCAGAACGCCAUGCUGGCUUUGGAAGCGGGCAAGAACGUGCUGUGCGAGAAGGCCUUCACGGUGAACGCGGCGCAGGCGAGGGAACUAGCCAACAAAGCGAGGGAGAAGAACCUGUUCCUCAUGGAGGCCGUCUGGACGCGCUACUUCCCCUUAUCCGUCUACGUGCGCGAGCUCGUCACCUCCGGGCGCAUCGGCCCCGUGGCCCGCGUCCUCGUCGACAACAGCAUCGCGUCGGAUCCCGAGGCCGCCUUCAGCGACGGCAAGCACCGGCUCGUGAACCCGGACCUCGCGGGCGGCGCGCUGCUCGACCUGGGCAUCUACAGCUUGACCUGGGUCUUCCAGACGCUGUACCAUACGCAGGAUGAGAAGACGAGACAGCCGCCCAAGGUGCUCGCCGCACUGAAGCAUUAUGGCCCCACGAAGGCCGCGGACGAGGCGACGACCAUGAUCCUCACGUUCCCGCGCUCCGAGGAGGCGGGCGGCGAGGCCCACGCUGUAGCCACCACGUCGUUGCGCGUCGCGACGAUGCCCGGUGGGUUGAAGGAUGUGCCUGGCAUCCGCAUCCAGGGCCCGCAGGGCGAGAUUCAGGUGUUUGGGCCGGCGUACCGGCCGGAGCGGACGCGGCUGGUUCUGAAAGAUGGGACGGUCGAGGAGAAGGAGUGGCCGCAGCCGGGCCCCGGGAAGGGGAGUGGAUGGUACAAUGGGUUUGGAGGGGGCAAGAAUGCCGAGGGCGAGGGCCACGGGAUGUUCUGGGAGGCGGAUGAGGCGGCGACGGCGGUGGUGGAGGGGAGGAAAGAAGGGAAGUAUGAGGGGUUGGAUGAGAGCGUGUUGAUUAUGGAGGUCAUGGAUGAGGUCAGGAGGCAGGGCGGGUUGCGGUAUCCGGAGCAUAUUGAGACGACCAAGUAUCCUACGCACGUUUAGCUUAGGCCGUGGGUACUAUGUAGGUGUGAUGGAUGGAAAAAGGGAUGUAUGUAGUACAAGAGUACAGAGUACAUAGAUAGCGCACGGAGUGAAAUUAAAUCAAAGUCGGUUCUACAA